AUGUCUGCACCGCAGCCUCUGGAUCCGGGCCACCUCUACGCCGAGACAAAGCACAUAUCGUUUACCUUUUACGAGCAGACCGUAUCUGCCGCACCCUACGGUUAUGAAUUCUUCGUGUCCGUCCCGCCGACUUACGAGACCCAACUUGACAAGUCCUGGCCGUUGGUCAUGUUCCUGCACGGCGCGGGAGAGUCUCAGCGCGGCCCCAACGAGUCGUACGCCUGUUUGCGACACGGCAUACCCAAGAUCAUUCUCUGCUACGACAAACUCAAAGGCGGCGCCGAGCCGUCAAUCGACAUCCCGCUUGCGCCACGGCUGCGCGGACGUAACCCAAACAAGGGAAAGAAUCGGGGCGACGCAGAUCUCUCGAGCACGCCCGUAUCAGAGGACGUGUGCAAGAUAGUCGCCGAAGAGUUCGUGACCGUCACUCCCGUCCUGAACAUGAACAACGGCUAUGGCUGGAACGCCUCAGUCCUAACCUCCCUCCUGGACACCAUCCUCCCCUCCUUCCGCGUUGACCCUGCGCGCAUCCACCUAACAGGCUUCUCAAUGGGCGGCUACGGCAUCUGGGACCUCGCACUGCACACGCCCGCGCGCUUCGCGACCCUAACCCCGAUCUGCGGCGGGGCGGACAUGAUCCGCGCGUCGCAAAUCAAGCAUGUGCCGCAGUGGGUGCAUCACGGAGAGCUUGACGACAUUAUCCCCAUCUCGCAGAGCAAGAAGAUGGUGGAUGCUCUGAAAAAGGCCGGGGCGCAGAAGGUGCAGUUUACGAGGUACCCGAAUGCGGCGCAUGAUUGUUGGACCGACGCGUAUGCUGAUCUGGAGCUUUGGCGCUGGAUGCUGGAGACGAGGAAUGAGAGUGGGGGUAUCGUGGAGGCAUUGCCUGAGCAGGAUAAAGCUCCUGUGGCUUAG